AUGGAACCGGAAGUGAAGAUGAACGUGGAACGUUUCUUUAUCGAGCAGAAAAUGAAAUGCGACGGAUUGAUGACAGAGUGUAAGUCAAUAAAUGCGACUAAUGCUUCGACUACCGCUAUUUUACCCUGUCCCUCCGAGACCGACCUGAUGUACCAGUUAAACUCUGCAACGAAUACUUUGGCGAAUGUUGGCGUUACAGCGAUGGCCACGAAAGUUUGUCUCGCAAAUGGCCAAUGGUACACAAAUCCUAACGAUAUUCCCGAGAGUAAUUACAGUUUGUGUGAGUUGUCGAAUGAAUUCACCACUCGUUACUUCAUGGAGGCCAUGGGAAAUGGGACGAGCAAUUCUCAAGACUACGGGAACUUUGAAUCUUUACUCUUCGCUAAAACUCAGAAAUCCAAGGAACAGGCUGCACAUGCAUUUGUUUGCUUCUUUCAUAAUGAGAGCAUUUAUGGCGCUGAUCAGAGAUUGGAUCUUCGUCGAUGGUAUCAGACGGACGGUGGAUGUCGUCUAUCUCGACGAGAAGAACGCUUUCAUCAAGCAACGAAACACGAUGAUUUGCAAAGGUAUUACGAGUGCGUGGCAGUAUUUCAUCGUUGCUAAUUACUCUUGGAUCCUGAUGGAGGGUUUGUACCUCCAUAAUCUGGUCGUUUGGGCAUUUUGCGUUGGGCAUAGUACAGCCAUUAAUCUGUAUAUUUUAAUGGGCUGGGGAUUGCCUGUUUUCGUUGUCGUUCCUUGGAUAAUAAUACGAGCAACGAUCGACGAUAUAUAUUGUUGGACUAUCCACAACAAUCGUUCCUUAUUUCUGCUCAUAAAGAUUCCCAUUGUAAUAUCGAUUUUGUAGGUGGGCCAAAUCUACUUUGGUACUGGUACCCUUGUUCGGUGCUCACUAUACUCUAUUUCUGGGCUUCUCCUAUAACAAUGAUAAUCGCGUGGAACUCGUUUGGCUCUUCUGCGAUCAAUUCUUCGUCUCUUUUCAAGGUUCUUUCGUGGCUCUGCUUUACUGUCUGCUGAACAUCGAAGUUAGAACGGAGAUAAAACGAGCCUGGAGAACAAGAUGGUCGAAGAAACUGAACAUCUGCGUGUCCACGUCACGAGAUUUAAAAAGAAGAAGAACCACUCGCAGACAACUAAACGAUUAUGAUCAUCCAACAGUCACUGGCUCUACAGUGAGAAACGCAUUACGAUUAAACGAUUAUUGGCCGAACGUGCUAGAAAUGAAGGCAGGAUAAAAAGAGCUUUAACAGUAAAUUUUUAGAAUAUUUCAUAUCCGCAAAGGUUUCAGCUUUUUGUGUAUUUUAUUUGUUUCCAUAUCUGUGGUAGGUCGAAUUAAUUAAUCUCAUUCUAUAGUAAAAUUCGACAUUUUGCAAUUGAAAAGCAUUUUACGUAAUUUCGAUUCUUUCUCUAUUUUUAUGAUCAGAUAGUUAGACAUGGAAAGCUAGAAAAACUAGAAAAGCUUUAAUAAAAACCCAUUUUAUAUCUCAAGCUUUAUUAGCUCAAUGUUCUAUGUAUAAUAACUAGCUUCGUCCCGUUGUGUAAUAAAAUUACAAAUUUUGCAAUUACAAAGUUUGAUUCUAUUUUUUUAAAUUUUAUGUUCGCUGAUACUAUUUUAGAGAAAAUUUUCGACACAUGUACACGUUUAGUGUUUGAAAAGUAUAUCUACAUGUAGUGUGAAAUAUUUUAUAUAAUUAAUACUUAGAUACAGACAAUUAUUUUUGUCAUUGGUAUAAUAUUUUUGGUGAAACACAUUUCCCCCAGAAAAUACGGUUUCAACCGAUAAGGGUGAGUGCAAGUCCCUGUAUACCAACAGGCACUGACAUAUUGAUCGGACUGUUCCACCAUCUUGUUUGUGCUGCACCCUCGUGUUUAUUAUCCACUUUCCAGCAGCUAACGAUAAAUUUUGUUUAAAAAUUAAGAUAUUGAAUGCUAAUAAAACAACUAAGACAUUUAUCCUUUUCUUCAAGAGAUAUUUAUCCUUUUCUUGAAGAUAAAAUUCUUUUUUUUUCAAUUAAAGAAUUUCAUCAUAUUUUCUUGAAUUUGAUGAAUCUCUUCUAUUCAAUUACUUGAUUGUUUUUAUUAUAAUAUCAUAUUGCAUAACGUAAAAUUCGGAACGUUAUUUUAAUCCUAUCUUUGUCUUUACUUCUUUAAAAUCGAGAUGUUUAAAUACGUACAUGUAAUAUAUGUAAAUAUGAUGUUUCAAUAUUAUAACAAUGUUAUAACAGUUAGCAACCAUUUAA